GAGCUGCUGCCACUUUAAAGGAUUUUUAUCUCAAUAAAUAAGCUGUUUUCUGAAAAACACGUGAUUGUAGAGUAAUGAAUAUGUAUUAUUACCUGAAUAAGGUUAAGUUAACUGUUUAAGUGUUCUAAUUAAUUCUUCGCCAUGUUGAUAAACCGUUUAAAUAAGGUAUUCUCAACCCAUCAGUUUUUAUCAAAUAAAUCUACUGUUGCAUUGAGUUCAAUUUUUUCUAGUUUGCCUGUAAAUAAUUCAAAUUCAAGUCGAGGUUUACAUCUAGUGCCAAUAGUGGUUGAACAAACUGGAACUGGUGAACGAAGUUAUGACAUCUUUUCAAGACUUUUAAAGGAAAGGAUAAUAUGCCUGAUGGGAGGAAUAAACGAUGACACAGCAUCGCUGACAGUUGCUCAAUUAUUGUUCCUUCAAUCCGAGAGCAGCAAGAAACCUAUUCACAUGUACAUUAAUAGUCCUGGAGGUGAAGUUCCUGCAGGAAUGGCCAUUUAUGAUACUAUGCAAUAUAUUUUACCGCCGAUUGCAACUUGGUGUGUUGGUCAAUGCUGUUCGAUGGCAAGUUUACUAUUAACCAGUGGAACCCCAGGAAUGAGACAUUCGCUUCCACAUUCAAGGAUUAUGCUUCAUCAACCUCAUGGAGCAGCACACGGUCAAGCCACAGAUAUAUUCAUUCGUGCUGAAGAGAUAAAUAAGGUUAAAAAAAUGCUCAAUGGUUUAUAUGCAAAGCACACUGGACAAUCAAUUGAAAAAAUUGAAGAAUUACUUGAACGAGAUAAAUUUAUGUCACCUGAAGAGGCAACCGAAUUUGGGUUAAUUGAUUCAGUUCUUUCUCAUCCUCGUACUACGAGUACACAAGAAUCGGAGCCUCACUAAAUAUCUGAUGCAUUGAAAUGAUCAGAUUACAAUAGCAAAGACAACAAACUGCAAAAUUAAUCAAAUUACUGGAUCUCCGGGUGUUGUAAUUACCAGUGGUACUUAACAAUCAAACAAGUUUAUUAAAAGAAGAAAGAUAACUGCGCAUUCAAGAAAAUCAUCCAAAGUUGAUCAAGCCAGGAAUAAUUAUUCAAAGGAAUUAUGAUGAUAAUGAAAUUGGAGUCAGCUAAAUCAAUUUUGAGAAGAUGCGACAGGAAAUCAAAAGGAAAGGAUAAUCAUACUAAGAAAAUCUAACUGCGAAUUGCUCGCACUUUAUCACCACUUACAAAAUUUCCGGAAAUAUGACAUAUCCAGUGACAGAUUCAUGUUUAAAUUUUAUAUCCUUCGUCACUAAAUUCACGGUAGCAUUCACACUGUUUCAAAAUCAGAUUAUGUCAGAUAAAGAUACAUUAGUAAAGUAAAAUUGAAACUUUUUGUUUUUA